ACACGUUGCAGUAUGGAAAUGAAAAGCUUAGACAAAUGAAAAAAAAAGAAAAAAGAAACCAGUGGACGGUAUCUCACCGUGAUCGUAACAAACAAUUGUUAUUUUACAUGUGUUCUUUACACAUAUUCAUCGGUUAAAGCAAUCGUAUCAGGAAGUUUAAACGUUUAUUUUGAUAGAGUCUCAUGACCGGCCUUGAAUGCAGCUUCACGGCCAACCUGUUGCUAUGUAACAGUGUGUAAACAACAGACUUCUGAGACUUUAUCAAGGUGCUAACGCUCGUAUCGUUUAGUACUUAGCAUUGGAAAACCAUCAGCAGAGGGAACAGUACAAUCGUGCCCCGCAACCCCACAGUAGCAUGAGCAGGCAAUUUGCUAACACUGCGGCCUGCAGUUUGAUUGAUGAGGAGAUUCUGAAGAAGGCAGUUUUUGAGCAAACUCUUCAUGAUCAGGCUAAGAGUAUUGCCAAGACGGAGGGAAUACACUUUGAUGAAGUCCUCAAAAUACGUCUGGAAUACAAACACAUCGUGAAGAUUGACCACUUAUGGGACUUCACCUCCUUGACCAGGCUUGAUUUGAACAACAACAUCAUAGAGAGGAUGGAGGGCCUGGACAGUCUAAUGAAUCUGACUUGGCUGAAUCUGUCAUUUAACAGGAUUGAGAAGAUGGAGGGUCUGGAGUCUCUGCAGAGGCUUGAAUUGUUAAAUUUGUCCAACAACAGAAUCUCUGUCAUUGAAAAUAUGGAUGGACUCGAGAAACUCUCUCAUUUCUUUAUCGCAAACAACCUCCUUGAACAGUUGGAUAAUGUGCUCUACCUCAGGAAAUUCAAGAAUUUGUUCACCCUCAACCUAUUUGGAAAUCCUGUCUCUAAGGAGAAUUACACGUUUUUCAUUGCUGCCUACUUUCCAAACUUGACGUGCCUAGACUACAGGUUACUUAAUGACAAGACAAAAAACGAAGCAGCUGUAAAAUAUCACUAUAUCAUUGAGGAAAUGAGACAUAAUGAGCUGCAGAAACAACAAGCUGAUGAUGCUGAGCAAAGCCGAAAAGCUGAACUCCAGUCACACACGGAUGCCUUUGUGGAGUUCCUCAAUGGAGCUCAUCUGUUUAACAGCAUGUUCAACGAUGAUCCAGAGGCAGAGACCAUACAAUCCGUGACAGGAGUGGAUCAUCUAGUUCGAACAUUUGAGCACCAAAUGGUGGAACUUUGUAUGAAGUUAUUUGAAAUAGGCUUGGCUGAGCAUAAACGGAGACAGACAGAGGUGAACUCCUUCUUCAGUGGUCAGACGAGGGCUGUGACAGACCACCAGCAGAAAGCAUCACAGAUUUUGGCAAAAUUUGAGCAGCAACACCAAGAGAGGAUAGUGGAGCUGCACCAGUUAUCUGACCCCGACAAGCUGAAGGUGAAUCUCAGCCAGUACAACGAUGACAUCAGUCAGCUCUGUAACAGCCUCAUGUCACUGGAGUAUCAGCUGGCCAACCAGCUGGAGGACAUCAUCGAAAAGUUGGACAUCAACAUCUCCGACAUGGUUAGCAACUUCACUGAAACUGUCCAAGGGAUAUUUGUCGAAUGUCGAGCGCUGGAGGAUAUUUAUAAUAAGAACAUUCGGGAGAUUGCUGAUGCAACUCUGAAGAAAGUGGCCACGGAAAGCCCUGAAGAUGACAUGCCAGAAGAGGUUAAAAUGCUGUUUUCAGACAAAGACUCUGUAAUGGAUGCACUGGUCACCGGCCACGAUAACCACCUGCUGAAGAUCAAUGACCGAGAGACUCAGUUGGUUGCACGAGUCAGUGCCUGGAAAGUGUCCCUCAUUAAAGAGUUUCAAGACAAAGAACUUAAGCGGAACUGCCUGUGCAUCAAAGACAUCCAUAGAUAUGUGGGCCAUGUGCGGGGGCAGCUGGAGGAGUUCCAGUAGCAUGAUCCUUGAGACAAACAUUCAUUUCAUUCACAUAAUUGUUAUAAAAGUGGAACAGGACAUUUUUCACAACCUUCUGGGACAGCUGCGGAAAGGGGACGGAGGGCUAAAAUAGGGAUAGGUGGGCUACACAUAGUGCUUCCCCAUAUAUGGAGUAUUACUCUUAAAAAACAGUUUAUAAAAAUAUAAUUGACAUCUGCUGUUCAGUAUAAGUUCAUAUUUUAUUGUCAUCUGCAAAAGAUCCAUCAGGAAUCUAUAUAAUAAAUCCUUUUACCGCCACACUGAUGUCGUGGUACAAGAAUGACCAGUUCUUUUAAUUCAGACAGACGGGACAUCAACUAAAUCCAAACUAAAAGAAUGUUUAAACAUUUCUUCAAUGUGUUCAGCAUAAAAACAAACUAAAUGUAUUGUUAAUCCUUAGCCACGACCCACAUGGUUCAACUGGCUGAUGAUUCUCCUUGUGUUCUUCCCUAUAGUAAAAACUAGGAAAGAUAUGCUGACAAAAAUAGGUUUCGAGGCAAUCAGUGCUAACCUUGUAAACAAAUAUAUUGUGUUUCCUGUGGCUACUUCACAAUAAAUGCUUACCCACA